AUGCUCUCUUCACUACUUCUAGCGCUAUGCAGCGCUACGCUGUCAUAUGCCAUACCGACAGUUGAGGCAGUCGGCGGCAAAUUCUUCACAAGCGAUGGCGAUCAAUUCUUCAUAAAAGGAGUUGCUUAUCAACUCACCGAGAAGGACCCAUUGAUCGAUACCGAACAAUGUAAGCGGGAUGCCUCUCUUAUGAAGAAACUGGGUGCCAACGCCAUUCGUGUCUAUCACGUCGACCCGAAAGCAGACCAUGACGGUUGCAUGUCUGCUUUCGCCGACGCUGGUAUAUAUGCCAUGGUAGACAUGGAUACCUUCGACACCUACAUCUUGCCCAAUGACCCGUGGUGGAACCAAACCCAAUUCGACGCCUAUUCUAAGGUUAUGGACACAUUCCAUGACUAUGACAAUCUACUAGGCCUAUUUGUGGGAAAUGAGAUUAUUGCCAUCAACAAUCAAUCAUUGGCCGCGCCAUUUAUCAAGGCAAGCGCUCGUGAUCUGAAGGGGUAUAGAGAUUCGAAGGGAUACCGCAAGAUCCCAAUCGGUUACUCUGCUACUGAUAUUGCGGAGCUUCGACCUUGGUUACAAGACUAUCUUACCUGUGGAGGAAACGCGUCCGAGAACAUCGAUUUCUACGGCUUGAAUUCAUACCAAUGGUGCGAUCCUACCGAUUAUCAGACCUCCGGUUACGCCAACCUGCAAGAGCAGGCUAAGAACUUUCCCGUGCCUAUUUUCUUCACCGAGACUGGAUGUAAUAAGCCUGGUCCACGAUUGUUCGACGACCAAGCUGCUAUAUUCGGUCCCGAAAUGGUAAAUGACUGGAGCGGAGCUAUCGUGUACGAGUGGAUCCAGGAAGCCAACGAAUACGGUUUAAUUUCGUACGGUCCCAAGGUCGACCCGACUGUCACUGGUAAGGAUAUCGUUGGUGGCUUCACGCGUGCAGGUACCCCGACACCCGUCAAACCCGAUUUCGACAACCUCAGCAAGCACUGGGCGAGUAUCACACCCACUGGAGUUCCCAAAUCAAAAUAUGACACGAAGUCGGUCUCGACCCGUGCUUGCCCGACUUCAACUGUCAGCGGAUGGCUUGUUAAUGGCAACGUCGCCGUCCCAAGCUUAGGAGCAACGCUUACCGCCAGCACUUAUUCGUCCGUACCUAGUGCUACCGGUACCGCUGCCGGUGCCGACCCGUCAGAAACCCAAAAUGCCGUCUCCGGAUCGAAAGAGAUUGCCGGUAUGGGUGCUGGCCUUGUGGGUGUAAUGAUGUGCCCGUUCCAGAACCGGCCUACGCUACGAUGGAUCUUCCUCAUCUCGCUCGUCAUAAUCGUCGUCGGCGUACUGAUUACCGGCGUCGUUUUCACCGUCUACUACGACGCCAUGUACUACUCGAGCGGCGCCUUCCUGCUGAAAGACAAGACCAAGUCUACCGACGGCCAGCCCAAGGGCCCAGACACCCCGCCUGUUGUCCCAAGAGGUGUGAACAUCAAUGCGUGCGGUGAGAAGAGGGAUAGCUGCGAGGCUUAUGAUCAACCUAAUAUAUGCUGCCCUAUCGGAAUGAUCUGCUACUCAAGCAAUUUCUCACCAUCUGGCGUCUACUGCUGCUCGAGCGAAACCCAAUGCCUCGCCAGUGAGGUCCAGCCACCGCGUUGUGACGGACGCAUGAGCCCUUGCAACAAGAGCAUCGGGGGCGGCUGCUGCGCGCCGAACACCGAGUGUACUAAAGACGGGUGUCUGAAGGUAUAUCGUGCAGAGCCGGGACUCGCGACGAGCGUUUUAAGCGGCCCGCCCACGACCAUCACGAGAACUACCACUGUCUUGGGAGUAGGGACAGGGGUUGGCGGGGUCACGGUCACGACGGUCAAGAUAGCAGAGACGGGGCAGAGCGGUGGGCUAAAGGGGAUUAAACCCACAUUUGGCUUUUCUAGUUACCCGUCGUUGGAGGUGUUUGUCUUUGGGUUCGCUCUUGUGUUAUCAUAUGUGAUGGUUUUAAGGGGUGGUUAA